GACCGCAUCGAUCGAGGCUUGCGCGUUCCAGGGAUGCUGGCCAUGUUCCUCCGAUCAGCCAACCCCUGUAACACGCCAACCCCCUUUAGUCUAUGCCGCGAUUAAGUGCUCGCGAUUAGGGACUCGACGAUCGCGGUAGACCCUAGACGGCCAUGCGGUGUCGUAGUCCACGUAGUUAGACGACUCUCGCACCCUUUAUUUUCAAGUAUUUCCGUUCGCCGGGCCCGCCGCUGGAUCCUUUCCUUUUAGUUUAGGCCUGCCCCGACGGAGAGGAGGAAACGGGACAGCUCGAGCUGGGAGACAGCCUCCUGCCUGACGUUUUUCACCGCUGGCAUCGGUUGCUACCGCGAGAUCGGGGGACGAAUUCUCUAGUUCGUCGUUCGAGCAACGAAAUAGAAAAUGGCCUAUUUCCGUGGAUUCUACAUACCGACCAUCCAAGCGACCUUCAACGUUGCCUGGGAAACAUUAAAGGCCAAAUGGCCUGAGAACAGUCCCUGUAUGGAACUGAUUCGUGGUCCUGGCCAACGGCCGGCCCCAGGACAAAGCGGGCAAGAACAAUUCAAAUCCUUCGACGAGGGCCACGACAACACGGAAAUGAUGACCAUGAACGGAGAUCAAGUCUAUCGGGACCAGAACAAUGUACAAAUGGCUGAGGACUCGUUCAGCUAUCAACGAAACGGGGACAAAAUUAGGACAGGAAGCGUCAGUAGCGGCGAGUUCAGCGAGUACGACGAGGGCGGCGGUGAAUUCGGCGCGUCAGGUGUAAAAAUUAACGAAUGGCAGGCUGCGUGGAACGUCACAAACGCCAUACAGGGUAUGUUCAUCGUCUCCUUACCGUUCGCGGUGCUGCGUGGCGGUUACUGGGCGAUCGCCGCGAUGAUCGGCAUAGCCCACAUUUGCUGCUACACCGGCAAGAUUCUGGUCGAGUGCCUGUACGAGCUGGACACGGUGACCGGUCAACGGGUACGAGUGCGUGACUCGUACGUGGCCAUCGCGAAGGAGUGCUUCGGUCCAACGUGGGGUGCCAGGGCAGUGAACAUCGCCCAGAUAAUCGAGCUGUUGAUGACCUGCAUCCUCUACGUGGUAGUCUGCGGCGAUCUGAUGAUAGGCACGUUCCCGGAGGGCUCGAUCGACACUAGGAGCUGGAUGAUGCUGAUCGGCAUCUUCCUGCUGCCGCUCGGCUUCCUGAAGUCCCUGCAGCACGUCUCGGUGCUGAGCUUCUGGUGCACGAUGUCGCAUCUGUUCAUCAACGCGAUCAUCGUCGGCUACUGCAUCCUCGAGAUAGGCGACUGGGGCUGGUCCAAAGUAAAGUGGACGAUCGACUUGAAGAACUUCCCCAUCUCGCUCGGAGUGAUCGUAUUCAGCUACACCUCGCAGAUCUUCCUGCCCACCCUGGAGGGCAACCUGAUCGACCGCUCCAAGUUCGAUUGGAUGCUCAAUUGGAGCCACAUAGCAGCCGCAGCCUUCAAGUCCCUCUUCGGGUGGAUCUGUUUCUUGACGUUCCAGAACGACACGCAGCAGGUCAUCACCAACAACUUGCACUCAGCCGGUUUCAAAGGUCUCGUGAAUUUCUGCCUGGUCGUGAAGGCUGUGCUGUCGUAUCCACUACCGUACUACGCUGCCUGCGAACUCCUCGAGAGGGCUUUCUUCAGGGGCAGGCCGAAAACGAUAUUCCCCACGAUAUGGACCGUCGACAGGGAGCUGAAGGUCUGGGGCCUAGCGUGGCGGGUCGGUGUGAUCGUCUUUACGAUCUUGAUGGCGAUCUUCAUACCACACUUCAGCAUCCUGAUGGGAUUCAUCGGGUCGUUCACCGGCACCAUGCUUUCGUUCAUCUGGCCGUGUUACUUCCACUUGAAGCUGAAGAGGAACUCCAUGGAAUGGAGCGAGGUCGCGUACGAUUGCUUCGUCAUCUUCCUCGGCGUGCUCUUCGGCGUGAUCGGGGUCUACGACUCGGGCUCCGCCUUGAUCAAGGCCUUCGAGAUCGGCCUGCCGUUCUGAAUUGCACUCGAUUUUCCUUUGCGGCUUCACAGUUUUCUUUCUCUUCCGACGGGACGCGUUGCGUUCCGUUUUUCGUUAGAACGUAGACCGAAAACACCGUGGAACUGCAGCUCGCGCCCCGACGCCGUAGUUUCCCGAGCCGACAAAAUGGCGUGUCUCGAAUCGCGCUCGAUGGCUUUCUGCGUCGUCUAUCUGGUUUCUUUCGGAUUCGGUUUCUUAGCUCGUGCAACAUUCUAGGCUCGUGUUGAGGAAUGCUUCCGAAUCUGUUGCCUGAAAUUUGCCGAAAUGCUUUGUUGAUCGGUUUCGUGAGAAAAUCGACGAGGCUGCACUAUAAUGUCUGUGGAUCAAACGGGUUUCUUUGUUACAAUAACUUGAAUGGUUGAUAUUUUCAGGAUAUUUCUGCAGAAUUAAUUGAGAAGCAAUAAGAAGGUUUCUUUUUAUAUAAAACUUGAGAUAUUAUCCGUCGGAGCUUAUUUGAUAGGCUACAAUCCGAAUUGUUAUUCAAUUCUUCAAUACCAAUUGCAAUUAUCGGGAUGUUUGGGAAGUUCCUAUCGAUUUUUAUACGAGGAACGUCUUAUAAUUUAUUGUAAUUGCUUUUCAUAGGAAUCAUUAAUAUUCAGUGUAUUAUAUUUAUUUUAAUUCCUUGCAACAUCUCGCGGAACAUUUGCGAUUAACGUUUCAAUCGUGCUAACGACAAAGAGUGGCCUUGAUCUUCAAACUCGUAAUCUCCGCCUCUGAAUUUUGCAAACAGUUCGCGAUGAAUUCUGUGCUACAAACUAGCUUCUUCGAAGCUUUCAAAACUGAAAGAAAAACAUUAGAUAUCGGAGAUGCAUUUCAUUUCUCUCCAUCUUUAAAACAUUGCAAUUGCCAGCGAACGGAACCAAUCCUAAUCAAUCUCUUUCAAUAGACAAUUUUAUUGAAUCAACGGUACAACAUCUCCUUAAAUUCUCAUCUAAAAUGAAAUUAAUAAGCUGAACAUCGGCAUCGAAGAAUCUGUUCUUCGUUUUCAAAAGAUACAUAUGAAAGAAUCUGUUCCUCGUUAAAAGCAACGUCGACAUUAAGAAAUCUCGUUAGAAACUCAAUCGGGAAAAACCUGUUCUCCUUUGAAAAAUCAAGAAAAAACCAGAGAUUUAUCCAUGAACACGAACGACAAGACACACCGGCGUGAUUUCGGUCGCAGAUUAUCGGAACGUCGCGCGUACCAACACGACGCCUCCCGAAUUCGUUUAAAUUAGACACUUGAGGGUUCGUUUGAUUGAGAGCUGUACAAACGUUCAGGUGUUUUGAGAUUGUAUAUUUAUAUUCCAACCAGAACUCACACAUAUCUAGCAAAUGGAUCUAUUUA